AUGGGGAAAAGAACGGCUUUCGAGGCCAACACCAAGAGUGCGCAAUUCGACCGCGACUCUAAACGCCAAAGAAUCGACAACACGCAAGAGCGCAACUCACCACGACCGAAUGGCGCCGCCGAGGAAAUCACGUCUGCGCGCGACUUACAGAAUGCCCUGUUCUUCGACCAAAGCUCUUCAGGCGACUUCCGAAGUGGUCUGAGUCUAUUCAAACGAUUCCUCGACUCAAUCCUCUACCCGACCGAUGAGCACGACCUGCCCCGCAAGCGAGCCAUUCUUCGCGAGUACCUAGACACGCAGAAAGGAAGAGGACGAGACGAAAAAGACAAGACAUUUCUGCAGAACCUCACGCAGGGAUGGGACCAUGCUGUUGAAACCAACUACAGCGCCGUUGUCUCCCAGGUGACAGCUGUGCUCGCGCUCCUGUUCAAGGUCUUUGCCAGCCAUGGCGAUUUCCUCGAGUACGGUACACUUCUUGCCAAGACACUCCUACAACCAUCCAUCGCUCGCCGUUUCGUCCGAAGUACCUCAGCUGCACCCAAGGAAGAGAACGUUAUCGCGCCGGCAUUGCGACUACUUACCGAGCUUACACGAUUCAAUGAGGGUGCACAUGCGAGAGCUGUGUACGCGAAGAGAGACUUUACGCUUGAGCCGAAGAUACUUGGAAGGAAUAUCAACCUCGGAAGAGAGCAGUCGGCGGCGGACCAUGUCAAGAAACCGAGCAUCCGUACUACUGCCAUCAGGUAUCUGCUGAUGCACUUGAGAUACCAAGACGAACGAGCAAAGAGCGAAAUCUUAUCCAACACCAACGUUGUUCGUGCCGUCUUCGACCAUAUCCGCGCAGAUCCGCCUUUUCUCAUUUAUGAGAUACUCGAUGUGUUCAAAAGCCAUGUUUUCCAAGACAAGGCUAUCGCAAGGCACACCAAGAGCAGAAUCCUAAACGGAAAGGCACUCUCACGCAUAGCCAGUCUAUACAGCUACGAAGUAGAAGAAGGCUCGCUCGCUGACGGACAAAAGGCACCUGACCAGCUUGCUCAUGAUUUCCUUCGCCUAGUCUGUACAGACCCUGCUUAUGGUGUCAUGCUGCCUACACAAGGCUUCUACCCUUCGACGUUUGAUGACGAUGAGGGCGAACUAGACGACGCUGCUGACUACGGCAACGACUUGGGCCUCGAGUCUGUUGACAACUACAGCAAGACCCCCAAAGUCCGGAACAUUAUUCUAUCAGAGUUCAUCCAGAGCCAAAGACCAUACGCAAAUACCCUGCACCAAGAGCUUGUUAUUGACAUCUUCCGGGCUUGUCCCGAACUGGUUGCAGAUUACUUUGUCAAGCGACGUGAUUUCAGCUACGAUCCUAAGCUCACUUCAACAUGGAUAGGAUACUCGGCUUUUCUGUAUCAAGCUAUCCAGCUUCCCGUACCGAGGUACUUUGGUGCAAAGAGAAACUUCCGCGAUCACCCACCCCCAGUACCUGUCCUGAUGAACAGCAUCCUACCGCAACCGCUGAAUCAGCAAGUGCUUACCAAAUGUCUCAACCACAACUCCGAUCUUAUCCAGUUGUUUGCCAUCCGCGUUCUGAUAGUGGCGCUCCAGAAGCUACAGGCUGUUCUCAGAGAGCUCAAUGACGCUAGUGGUACCAGAUCUUCUAGACAGUGGGAACAGGCAGCUAAGCGCCUCAUCUCGGAAGUCAGUCGACGUUGUCCGCCCAUUCGCACUGUCUUCCUGGCCCUCAAGAAACCAGGCCUGAAAGAUAUGAAGCGAGAAUCGAUCACCAGGUUGCUGCGGCUUUACUACGAAGCCACACCUCAAGUUGCGCUACAAGAGAAAUUCGACGUUUCCCUACCGCUGUGCAAUGCGUUGGUUGAGGCCGACAAGCCCACAGCAUCGCCCGAGGACAAGGUUUUCCGCAUCAUGGAGCUUGAGCACUGGAUACAAAUGGCAAAGCUUUCACCAGCUAUGCGAUGGUGGCAAAAGCAGAAAUCACUUCAAUACUCACCGUUUGUCACACUUCUGAAGCUACUGGUAACGUCAAAAGAGAGUGAGCUGUACGCAGGUAUUAGGUCUCUUUUAAGCGACAUAUUACAUGACCAGGAGAUGCUGCAAACGAAAACUUCACCCGACGCGCUCGACGCUCUUAUUGCGAGCUUGGGAUCGACGUCUGGGUCAGUCACACCGUCCUCCGACGUCCUCGAUUUCCUAGAUGACUGCUGCGCACGCUUCACCAAGGUACCCAUCAAGUACUUUGAUGAUCUAGAUGCUAUGUGUUUACGUACUGGGCAAUCUGCGAGCAGUCUUGGGCCCUUCAGCACAUUACUGAUGACAUUGGUGGAACAGUGGCCGUUCAAGGGUGGAGAGGCAGCAACAAGCACCACGGCGGAUGCUAUUGCCCAAUGGUUAUCGAGACUUCUAUACCUCCUCAAGUUGAUUGGCGAAGACGAGACGCAGCUGGAGCGUGUACGCGAUGCUUUGGUAGAAUCGGCGAACGUGGCAUACAAAGAAGUCCUGAAAGAUGCGUUCCUGUGGAAAAUGGGCAAGGAGAGAGCCAAGGAGGCCUUGAAGCUGGCAACCGGGGCAGACUUUAGUGGCUCGGAGAGAUCAUCGGCAUCGCCAGUCCCUAGGCCUACGGAAGAGGCUGAGCAGCAAGCCAAGUUCAGAUCUGCUAUCGACCUUGAGGAGCCGCCCGUCGAGGAUGAGAAGCAUAUAGGACUCACACGCUGGAGGAAGAAAGAGCUCGGUGAAGCACUUGAUGACGGAGACAUUGGAGAACUACUUUUGUGUCUUUGCUCUGAACACGCCGAGAUCCGCAUACAGGCCAUCAACAACAUCCGACAGCUCACGGCGACGAUACAAUCUAGCCGUCGUAACGUACCCGGAAAGGACGAUACCGCUACAGGACAACAAGGAAGUAACAUGGACUUCGAUCUACAGCAACUCUACCUCCUCCUUGGUGAGCUCUUGGAGUCAGUGGAUCUGACUGGUGCUGAAGCUUUCCCGUACGUUGGUGGAGUGCUGGCCGCUCGUUGUGCGAGCAUUGUAGCGGACCCCACGCACUCUCUCUUCAGCACAGUGAACAAGUUUCUCACCACCGCUCCAGCCUGGGAUGUCAACUCUUUGCUGCGCUUUUUCUGGCAUCGCAUCGUCGCCAGUCAACCGGACGACGACACAACCUAUCACAAGGAAGUGGACUGGUACUUUGACUACCUAAUGGACAGCCUACGGACGCCUGCAGAUAUGGAACUGUUCAGGAGGAGCAAUAUUUUCGAGCAGUUGCUGACACACUAUGGAUCUCGAUCAUGCCCGGCCUCAGCAAAGGACAAGAUCGUGAAGCUGCUGCUGCGAGCAACACAUGUAGGAGGCAGUACGACGCUCAUCACGAGAUGUGGGCUUAUCCCAUGGAUCCAGAUGAUGCUCGAUGGCCACGACCCGCGACAUCGUGCUCUGAGGACACUGGCCGGACGUGUUUACGAAACGUGCGAUCGAGAGAAGGUGGCUGCGUGGAGCAGUGACAGCCUCGAACAGACGAUCGCCUCCCUUGCGAGGGUCUGA